AUGGAGGUGGGUGCGCGUGCGCUGGACGUGCUGCCGCUUCUGCAGGAGCGCGUGGCGUCUCUGACCGGCGGGCGCGACCGCCGAGGCGGGCCCAUCGUGUGGUUCCCGGCCAGCUCGCGCCGGGACCGCGUCACACCAGAUGAUUAUAGACGACUGCUUCACUAUCUAAUGAGUAUACCUAGUGAUUCUGUGAAGUCGCAAGGCUUUACGGUUUUGAUUGACAUGCGAGGGUCAGCAUGGGCAGUUAUCAAACCAAUCCUAAAAGUUCUACAAGAACAUUUCCCUUCAUCCGUCCAUCAGGCACUGGUAGUUAAACCUGACAACUUUUGGCAGAAGCAACGCACAACCAUUGGAGCACACAAGUACAAAUUUGAGGCGCUGGAAGAACUUCUGUGGCAAGCUGGUGAACUUCUCGACCGAUUGGAUGACCUCCAAGAAGACGUCGCACGCGCUGACUUUGCCGAUGAUGUCACGGGUGCGCGUAGAGCAAUUGACGCGCACGCCGAUAUAAGCAAGCGCUUAGCAAAAGUACCUGUGGACGAACUUGAGGCACAAGGUGAACGAGUUGUGCAGCGGCUGCAGGCGGCGGAGGCGGCGUGCGCGGAGGCGAGCGUGAGUGGCGGCGAGGGCGCAGCGUUCCACUGCGGAUCCCCGACUGCCGUCCGCGCGCAGCUCUCCGCCGUCCGUUCGGCGCACGCGCACGCGCACAAACUCUGGCAACACAAAAAGAUGCAACUCGAUCAGUGCUUCCAGCUCCGGCUCUUCGAACAGGACUGCGAGAAGAUGCUGGAAUGGAUCGUCAAUCAUCGGACGGCGUUUCUCGCUACCUACGUUGAGAUCGGCCGGUCGUGCGCUGCCGCCAAACGGUUGCAGGAGGAGCACGCUAGGUUCGCGGCUGCGUGUACCGGCGGCGGGCGGCCCAGUGUGGCCCGCGUCACCGCCGCCGCUCGGCGCUUGGCCGACAAGGGACACUACGCUCAGGCGCAGAUCACGUCUCUGGCCCGUCGCCUAGAACGGGCCUACAAGCGGCUUUCCGCAGGUCUGGAGGAGCGUUCGGCCGUGCUGUCCCUGUCGGUGGUGUUCCACCACAAGGCUGAGGCGUACGCGGCGGCCGUGGGCGGCUGGGGCGCGCAGUGCGCCGUGGCCCUGCAGCUCGCCACCGGGCAGGGGGGCGCGCCUUGCGGCGACCCGCGCGCGCUGGAGCAGCACGCCCAGCGCCACCGCCAGCUGCUGGAGCACAUGUGUCAGGCCUACACGGAGGUCCACUCGACGAGCAAGAAACUCCUGUACCAGCUCGACCACCUCGUGCAAGUGUGCCACCGCACGGACCCUGCCGACGCGAGCGACGGAACGGGGAGCACGGCAAGCGGCAGCGGCGGAGAUCCUGCCGCGGACUACAGCUCUGGUGCGAAUCACGUCCUGGCCGUCAUUCAUCAGAUCCUCGGCCACCAUCGAGCGCUAGAGGCCAGGUACCACCAGGCGAGGCUCAAACUCCAUCAGCGACUCGCCCUGCUCCUAUACAAAGAGGAUUGCAGACAGGUGCUCGACUGGUUGGCGAAUCACGGAGAAGUGUUUUUGCAAAAGAACACGGGAAUCGGAAGAAAUCUCAGUAAAGCUAGAGUUUACCAGAAAUCUCAUGAACAUUUCGAAAAUGUCGCGCAGAACACGUAUACGAAUGCGGAGAAAUUACUCGCGGCCGCAGAAGAGCUGGCUCGCUCCGGCGAAUGCGACCCCGAAGAAGUGUUGAGCGUGGCGCGGGAGUUGGAAGCGCACGUAGCCGCGUUCGCCGCGAGAGUCGAUCGCCGCCGGAGGAGACUGGAUCUCGCAGUGCUACUAUACACGCACGAAAAGGAGUUACUUCAAUGGCUGGAAACAUUAAGAAGCGGAGGCGGCGUUUGCGCAACAGAUGAUACGCCAGAAGCGGCAAGACGAGCGCUAGAGCAGUGUGCGCAGCAUCGUGCCGCCAGUCUUGACGCCUGCGCCGCUACCAUUGCACAGGGCGAAGCUUUGUUACAAGAUCUCAGAUCGUCUGGCGAUUCCGACGCGACGAGCACGGCAGCGGUGGAGACUACCUUGGAGCGGCUGCGCGGCACCCGUGGAGCCCUCGAGGAGCUGUGGUCAGACCGCGAACGACGGCUCGAACUCACUCUGCGGUUGCGACACUUUGAAAGAGAUGCGCUUGAGGUGUCAUCACGUUUGGAGCUAUGGGGCGAUGAGCUGCAACGAACGGAGCCGCCACGAGACCCGCAGCAGGCGGAGCAGGCACUUGCCGCCCACAACGAAAGCGUAGCUCGAAUGCAACAUGCCACCUACCAGGUUGUUCAGCAAGGCCAGGAAUUAGCUGCAGCCAUUGCAGAAGCUUCGGACGUGAUGGCGUCGAGCGGUUCCGACAGCUCCGAGCCCGCGCCGCUCGACGCGCAAGCGCGUGUGCAACUUUUACUUGAAUUCUUGCACGACAGACAACUCGAUUUGGAGGAACUGGCGGAAGAGAGGCGCGCUCGGUUCGAGCAAUGCGUGCAGCUCGGUCAGUUCCAAAAAGAUGCCGCUCAAGUCGUGAGCUGGAUUCGUAACGGAGAAGCUAUGUUGGCGGCGUCGUUCUCGAUACCUAGCACCCUUUCUGAAGCGGAGCAACUGAAGCGUGAACACGACCAGUUCCAAGUGGCUGUCGAAAAGACACACGCCAGCGCGGUACAAGUCAAAUACAGGGCUGACGCUCUGAGGGCCGCUAAUCACUACGACCCGCAUACUAUAAGGGAAAUAUCCGAGGAAGUGACGGAACGGUGGCAACGACUCGUGACCUGUGCCGAAGAGCGUCACAAGCUAGUCACCGCCUCGCUCAACUUUUACAAAACCGCCGAACAGGUUUGCUCCGUUCUGGAUUCGUUAGAGAGGGAAUAUCGUCGAGACGAGGACUGGUGCGGUUCAUCGGUAGCGCCGGUAAGCGAUGAGCCGACUCCGUUGCAAUGUGUCGACAAAGCUGCUCAGGUGGCUGCUCUUAUAAUGAAGCAUGGCGAACAGAAGGAGGCAUUCUUGAAGGCUUGCACUCUGGCGCGGCGCACUGCCGAGACUUUCCUUAAGUACGCAGCGCGCUCCGCCCAAGUGCACGGGCAGACCGCGGCUGCUAGCAAGGCACAUCAUGAACAAACGAGAGCUAUACUGGACACGUUAUUGGCACAGGAGAACAAGGUCCUCGAACACUGGACGGUGCGCAAGAAACGUUUAGAGCAGUGCCAGCAGUUCGCUCUUUUCGAACGCUCGGCUCGCGCGGCCGUGGAAUGGAUCCGGGAGACGCAGGAGCGCUGCGGGGCGGCGGCGGCGGCGGCCGCGGCGGGCGUCGCGCGGGAGAGCCGCGAGCGCGUGCGCCUGCUCGCGCAACUGGCCGACGGCCUCGUCGAGAAGGGACACCCGCACGCCGUUCAGAUCAAGGAAUGGGUAGCCGCCGUCGACGCCAGAUAUGCAGAAUUUAGCGGUUCCAUAGAAGCCGUGGAAAGUGAAGCUGAAAGCGAUUCUGGCGUUGCACCAUCUCUAGCUUCCUCCCACUCAGUUGACGGAGACACGCGAACUGAGACCCAACCCACUACCGCCGGUGACGACAAGCGACGUAGUGCAAGAAGAAAAGAGUUCAUAAUGGCAGAACUCUUACAAACUGAACGUGCGUACGUAAAAGAUCUGGAGACGUGUAUCAAUUGCUACUUGCGCGAGAUGCGCAAUGAUCGUGGCUCUGUACCGCCGGCGUUGCAGGGAAAGGAGGAAAUAAUAUUCAGCAAUAUAGAAGAGAUCUAUCGUUUCCACGAGCGUGUAUUCUUGCGCGAAUUGGAUAAAUACGAAACGAUGCCCGAAGAUGUUGGCCAUUGCUUUGUGACGUGGGCGCGCGAGUUCAACAUGUACGUGUCGUAUUGUCGCAACAAGCCCGACAGCAACGCCGCCGUCGUCCAACACGCCGGCGACUAUUUUGAGAGAGUCCAGAGGAAGAAGAAGCUAGAACACCCGCUGGCGGCAUACCUCAUCAAGCCAGUGCAAAGAAUAACAAAAUACCAGCUAUUACUGAAGGAUCUACAAGCUUGCUGUGCCGAAGGACAGGGGGAAAUAAAGGACGGGCUCGAAGUCAUGUUGUCAGUACCGAAGAAGGCCAACGACUGUAUGCAUCUCUCUCUACUCGAGGGCUGUGACGUCCCCACUGACAGCCUCGGCGAAGUCGUCCUCCAAGAUUCCUUCCAAGUGUGGGACCUACGGCAGAUUAUAAAGAAAGGCAGAGAACGAAGAGUCUUCCUUUUCGAUUUACAUUUACUGUUGGCGAAGGAAGUUAAAGAUUCCCAUGGCAAAGCGAAAUACAUUUAUAAGACGAAAUUUAUGACAUCAGAGCUGGGAGUGACAGAACACAUCGAAGGAGACGAGUGCAAGUUCUCAGUGUGGACCGGCCGCGAACCUAUGGCUAGCGAUUGUCGUAUCGUACUCAAGGCGCCUUCUCUUGAAGUCAAGCAAACAUGGGUUCGACGGCUUCGAGAAGUUAUUCAGGAAACCUACUUCAGCGGAGUUUUGCCUCCACGUAGUCCCGCCAGAGUACGACCAACUAGCUCUCAACGUUCCAGCAGGGAUUUGGAAGACACGUUAUUGGACGAAACAGCUGAGAAUCUAGAUAGGAAUUCUCUGGCGUCCUUCGGUAGUGGAAAUACCACAGACUCCGAUAAGGCGGAAAUGACGUGGGUGGUAGCGGAGCACACGGCGAGCGGUAACGGCGAAUUGACAGUCACAAAAGGACAGCAAGUAGAAGUCGUAGAGUCGUGUCAGGGAAGACCCGACUGGUGGGUGGUAAGGGUUCCCGGAGAGCCCCCGCAGGAAGGCGCAGUCCCCGCGCAUGUACUGAAGCCUCAGCCGCAGCAUCAUCCGCAACAGAAGACUUCCCCAUCGAGACGGCCGCUAAGCCAACCCUGCGAAGAAGUUUUAGAGGCCACCAAUUCCGACCCCGGCGGCAGUGUGAGCGCCGCGAGUCCCGGCAAGCAGCGGAGGGGAUUCAGUGGAAGGCGAUGGCUCGGGCUCCGCAAGCAGUCGCAAGGCAAGGAGAAAUCACCCGGCGGCGCUCAGUCGCCAGCCACGGCCGAGAAACCCGCACCGCUCAAGAAGGUGCCGUCAGACAAGAAGAUCAAGUUGCCGUACGCGGGCGACAACGGGCGACCUGAAGGCGAGGAAAGCAACCACGUGACGGGCGCGCUCGACGAAGCCGAGGACGACGCCGCUGACGUCGAAUUGCCACCCCCCAUGAAGCCACUGCAGAACCCGCAAGCGGUGCUGCAGCAGGCUCCCGCCCCGGCCGCCGCCACUUCCGUGCCCACCGCGCGGAAUUCCUUGGCUUUGGACUCGUUGGAAAGUAACGGUGGUCCGGCCGAUAUUGCGGAGAUAGAACAAAUCGUCAAGGAGAAAAUGGAGCAGCACGGCGGGUCGGGCCGCGCGGGCGACGCCGACGAGGAGGAGCAGCCGAACACGCCGGGCGCCGAGAGCGUCGAGGCGGUCGUCAAGAAGCGCGAGUACGUGCUCCGCGAACUCGUCGACACCGAGGAGAUCUACGUCGCCGACCUGCGCCUCAUCUGCGAGGGAUACAUGCGACACAUGCAGGAUCCCAAUGCUGAGCCGCCGCUCCCCGACGGUCUGCGAGACCGCCGUCACCGCAUGAUCUUCGGAAACAUCGAAGCCAUUUAUGAAUGGCAUCGCGAUAAAUUCGUGCGCGAGUUGCGGCCCUGCGUCGAGGAGCCCGAGCUGCUGGGGCCGCUCUUCCGCCGGUUCCUCGAGAAGCGGAUGUUCCUUUACGAAACCUACUGCCGCAACAAACCCGUCUCCGAGUAUAUCGUCUCGGAACACGACCACUAUUUCCAAGAGUUGAGGCAGAAACUCGGCCACAAACUCCAGCUCGCGGACUUACUGAUAAAACCGAUUCAACGGAUUCAAAAGUACCACCUGCUGGUGAAGAAGAUCCUUUCGUACUCCGAGAGCGCCAACGCUCCGCCCAACGUAAUCUCGUCGCUGCGAGACGCCGUGCAAUGCACUUCCAUCAUACCGAAAAAUGCCAACGACAUGAUGGACGUCGGCCGCCUGCAGGGAUUCACGGGCAACAUAACGGCGCAGGGCAAGCUGCUCCUGCAGGAGCCGCUGGUGGUGUCCGAGGUGUCCGGCAACGACAAGCCUAAAGAACUGCACGUGUUCCUCUUCGAGCAGUGCGUCAUUUUCAGCGAGGCUGUCGGCAAAAAGAACCAAUUCACCAGCCCAACUUUCAACUAUAAGGCUCACGUUCAGGUGAACAAGAUGGAGUUGGAAGAGUUAGAAAACGGAGCUUUCUUAAUACAUUCUGUUGACCCAAACAAGCCGAAGCAAACUUUCAUGUGCCGAGCUCCCGAAGCCCGUAGGCAGCAGUGGAUCGCGACACUGUCCAGUAUUUUACAAUCUCAGCGUAUUUUUGGCGAAGCCUUAGAGAACCCAGGAGCUUACCUUCGCGAACUCCACCGUGACCCUGCUCGCGACCCCGCUGCUAUGGGUGAGGGAUUGUGCGGUCUACGUAAGACGGAGAGCGUGCCACCGUCCCUGGGUGGACGGCUGGCGCCGGAGCUGCGCGCGCGCACUCAGCGCCUGCAUGCCAAGGCCAACACCAUCAACUUGCCCACUACCACGAUCAAGGCCGACGACCGCAAGAAGGUCAGCGCCAACGUCGCCGCCAACAACGCGGCGGUGAGUCCCACCUCGCCACCGCAGGCUAACCCUGAAAAUAUUUUAGUGGAACUGAGCGGAGCGCAACCGCAACUGAAAAUAAUAGAUCUUGGUUCGGCGGUGGAGACUAUCGAUAACGUCGGCGCCGCAGGGCGAGAGGUGCUGCCGCCAGCGCCCGCGCAACUCGAGUUCGCUCCGCCCGAGUGCGUUCUGGGCCGACCGCCUGCGCCCGCUUGGGACGCCUGGGCCGCCGGGGUCUUUGUAUACGUGUUUCUAACCGGGUUGUCGCCUUUCCUGGACGAAUCCGUCGAGGAGACGACGGCGAACAUCAUAAAAUGCGACUACUGCUUCCCGCCGGAGCACUGGGAGGGCGUCGAGGAGCGCGCGCAGAGGAUCAUUCGCGGGCUGCUGGAGGCGAGCCCCGCCCGCCGGCUCACUCCGGCCGACGCCCUCAACGACCGCUGGUUCGACGAGGCACCCGACAGUCCGCUAUCGGCGACGCAGCUGAAGACGUUCCUCGACCGACGGCGGCCGGCCGGCCACGGCAACGCGCUCCACGCGCUGCGCUCGCCCGACGACACUUGACGGGAGGAAGACGGCGUUCGCUCGGCGAUCGGCGCGGGGAACGCCCACUCGACGAUCUGACGACGUCCGCCACUCCACUCCGCCGUUAGGUUUUCACUUUUAGACGCUAGAAACCUCCCCCUCUGGUUUUUUAGUCGCACUUUACGAACGCACUCCGACACCGGCAUCGAAUGUAUCCAUUAUAGUAAAGGUGUAGCGAGCGUUACUCGACAUACUGAUAUUAGAGUAGAAUAUGUUUUACAAACGAAAAUAUUGGACGUACCGACAAUAUUUUCAUCUACUUCGUAAACUAGCUAAUAGCCAACGUUUCAUGUGAACGUGUUAUAAAGAGCAAAACGUCAUGCGACGAAUGUGCGUUCGUGCAUGCGACGUAACCGGCACGCGACGCCUCGCCCGUGAUAAAAAUACGGUUACGAACUUCGUAGUUUCCCACUGAUGUAUUGAAACAGAUAGGUAGCAAGUAUGUGCCGCUCGCAACUGUCUUUUGUACCAGUACGCUGGCGUCUAUAUGCAUACACUUCUACUACUACUACUGCUACUACUACUACUACUACGUCUAUAUGCGUGACGUUGUACCGAUUUCAGUUUAACCGCACCCGUCUACAGGUAGACCCCCUUAGUCGUACUACGUAGGCGUAGUCAACGUGCCCACCAAUCGAGCUCGUCAUUUUAGUUAUGUGGACGCACUUUAAAGUGCUCCGUAUUGCAAACCUGCGUUUAAGAUUAAAUUAAAAACUUGCUGAACAAGUAAUUAUCUAUUGGAAUACGUUUUUGGACCUCUGAAUGACAGUUCUAUACUUUAUAACGAAUGUACCGAAAAGUAGUGUUUACAGUUUGGUUAUACUCGAUUUGAGUGUUCAUUAGCUCGACCGAUUGUAAGGAUUGUCUGUGAUUUAUGCUAAAGUAAUAUUUCAUGCUUAUAUAUUCCUAAUUUAAAGUAGUUAUCUACUUGUUAAACAAUCUUAUAUAAUAAAAUUGUAUAUAGCAACUAAGUUAGCAUGUAAAUUUUAUCCUAAUUCGUGACCAAAAUGGAUUUUUAUCGCGUACUGACGUCAUUGAACGAAUACAGUAGAUUCAAUGUUUGUCCUGUUGACGCUUGUAAUGUUUAUAGAAGAAAGAUACCGAGUUGCAUUGACUGUAUUUUAUAAGUGUUCGGUUAAGACGAACCACACCCUGCUGCACACAUCCAAAGUGUCCACAUUUUGAUACAAAUCAUAGAUCGCAUUACAGGGCGUGACAAGUUAACAAUAUGGAAGUGUUUAGGUAGUUUGUUCUGUAACGUGUAGUCCAUUCUUCAUGGAAAUGUGAACAUCAGGGCCUUGAUCGAAUAAUGGGAUUGUCACAAAUUCAAUAUUAAUUAAGUCUAAUUCUGCAUGAUUUUUAAUUCGUUUGAUUCACCUUUGUAAAUUAGCACAGAUUUGCGUGGCUUCUUUCAGAAACACCAUGAUCGAAUUUUUAAUAUUUUACUUUUCAAGUGAAGUAGUGAGUGAAUUUCUCGGCUUCAGUUGCUUAAAAGUACAUUUAGUUGUUUUGCCCUUCCAAUUAAAAUCCUAUUAAAACACCCUUGUGUCUAGCCGCCCAUGUCCUUUCUUCAAUGUCGAGAAGCACAGCACUCCUAGCCUAGGUCUGAUUGUGCUUAUAAAAAGAUCUGUUCUAUAGUCCAUUUGUUUAGGUACUUAACACAUAAACAAUCUUGAGAUGUCUUUUUAAUUAAAUACAGGCGCCUUGACGUCGAAUUGCGGACACCAGCCCG